ACAUCGAGCCCUCGGCUGCCAGUGCUGCGCGACAGAGGCGCAUUGCGCUCCUUGAUCACGCUCGGUUGAACCCCGAUUGGGCUCUCCUAAUGCGGUCCACCUUUCCUUGACCAGCGACUUCACGAUCCUCGGACGCGUUCGGCGCAUUCCCAUCUGGCCCUUGAUCCACCCACCCGUAGCGCCAUGUCCUCUCCACCAGACACACCGACUCACCGUCCUCUAUCCUCGCACCGUCGACACCCCGACAGCCUGGACAUGUCCCACAACAACUCUUCCAGGCGCCAAUCCUUCAACCGACGCUCUUCCGGCUACUCGCCCAUAACCCCGCGCUCGUCGCACGACUUUGACGACGCCUCUGCACACAACUUUGACGGCGCCAUAGACGGCAAUGGUCUCGGAAACCUGGCCGACGAGCUGGGCGAAAUAUGGGACGACGAUGACGAGGCCAUAGACGGCGACUACGGUGAGGACAUAGACGAGUCGCACGGCGACCUCGCGGCCAUCGGCACCGCCAUCGAGCAUGACGGCUCAUAUGGCAUCGACAGCGUAGCCAGUCUCAACGGUGUGCGUGAUAGUGGUGUGGCCAUGCAAGACUCUCCUCCCACUGGCCUCAGCCCAGCCUCGGCUGCAAAGUCAAAAAAGCAUAAUAGGCAAAAAUCGUUGUACGACGGCUCCGACUAUGGCGAUGACUCGGACCUGGACAACGAGGGCAUAUCACCGGCGCUCGAGUCGAGAAUGGCAGCUAUUGAAAGCCUGGCACGGCGGGGCAUGGAAGAGAAUGGCAGCCCGUCAGACGAGGUGGUCAAGCGAGUGACGGAGCAACUACGAGACUUGGGCAGCCAGAUUGCUAUAGAGAACGGAUCCACAAGACUUAAAACAGCUCACGAUGCUCUCACAACACACCUAACCCACCAGUCCCGUACCCUAACAUCUCUAGCCGCCUCCUUCUCGGGUCCACGACCUAUCAUGCCCGACCUAGACACCAUCGAGGAACUUUUGCCAAUCAUACAAUCAACACUGGACCUGCUACCCCAUUCUUCCACUGAGCCACUCGUCGCCCUCUCCCAUCUCACACACUCGAGCCGCGAGCUCCUGCAACAUCUCGCAAACGUAAGCGACACGCUACACAUGUCCCGGCAAACCACCAUGAAUGCCACCCGUAGGCUCAAAGUUAGUAAAGAACAAUUACAGGACUGGAAACGCGACAAUGAACAAGCAAAGGAGGCACAGGAGUAUAUUGAACAUGGAGACUGGGACCGGCGGCUCAAAGAGAGGGAAGCCAAACGUGCAUGUGCAGACGUGCUGGAUGGAUUCGAGGACGUUUGUGGACAAUGGAGAAAGAGGCUUUGCGAUGGCCUGGGCGCGACUACUGGGUAGAACUCGCCUUGCGUACCUUGCUAGUAGUUUCUUUUCUUCUUUCUUUCUCUUCUCUACUCUACACUUGGGGAGGCUUCGCUGAAAAAGAAUAAGACUGAUAUAGAGUCUGUGGCAUCUUUAAUGGCGAUGCGAAUCAAGAAUAUUCGGCAAAGCAUCUCGGCACUACAAUACGGGACUUUUUAUGUUUCCAGACGCUAGGGAAACGAAAUUGGGGCGUCCCUGGCGGAUUAUACUAGACGGAUCGUAGUUCUUUUUGUUUCAUUUAUUUGGGAACAAUA